AUGGCCACCUCAACCGAGUCCGCAGACGUCCCAACCGCCAUGGAUCAUGAGGAGGUUGUUUCUCCAAAGACAAAGACUGCCACCUUUGAGAUCGCCGAGGGCCCUUCCAUGGGUCCAAUGAGCAGCGUUCUCACGGCACGCGCCGAUCCCGAUGCGCAGACGACAGUAACCGACUUCCUCGACUUCACGGAAUACCUGCCCGCCGACAUGAUGCGCUCCCUCACGCUCGUGGGCCAGCUGGAUCAGAGAUAUGCCGAUGCCUCACACAAGGUCGAUGACUUGACGACAGUAUGGGGCCAGCUUCCAGGCUUACCGGCCCAUGAGCGCCCAUCGCCGGUGCAGCUGCGCGCUGACAUCUCGGAGCACUUGAGGCAAGCGCUGGAUUCGCGCAUUUUUGCCCACGCAGAGGCAGUCAGGAUGGCAGACAAUGUCAACCGCCACUACAACAAGGCGACGGCGCUGCUUUCUAAGCUCAAGACAAUGAUGGAAAACUACCCAACGGAAGAGCAGGCUCUUGUCGAGCCCAGGUCUCCUCAGAUGACGAGGGCGAAGCUAACGGUUAGAGCUACGGGAGAAGACGGGCAGAAAGUGCGACGGUCCCGAGUCCCACGGAUCACGGUUCCCGGCGAGGUUCUCGCCCCCUACGAAAUUGAAUACGACACCUUUAGCGACGACAGCGAUAUCAGCUCUGAUGAAGAGUCCGAACCGCCAGCUACAAACCGCAGGAUACAAGUUCCCACGCCUCGGAUCAAACUGGUCAGCAACAAGAGCCAGAAAUCUAGUGGCCGCUCUUCACGAGGGCAAUAUGCUACGCCUGCCCUGAGUGCUGCGGCUGCUGCAAAUGCGGCUGCGCUGCUUAACCCUCCCCCUGAGAACGCCGUCAUUGGUAGUCCUGAUGCGCCGUGGCUGCAGUUGACCCAAUAUGAGCUGGCCAAACUAAGGAAACGGAUGAAGAAGAAUGCAACAUGGACACCUAGCGAGACCAUGAUAGCUAGGGAACUGAAGGCCUUGUGUCGUGGGCCAGAUGCUUACAGAGAGGCCAAGAAGAAGGCAGAGGAGGAGGGCCGGGUGUUUGAGGCUACGGUGCCAACGCCCAUCAUUGACAACGAAUCCGGCACUCGACAGAUGCCUGCUGGCGCCAUCAGUGUCGACUCUCUGGCUGCCACCGAAGUACCGACCAGCAACCGGGGCAUGAAGCUCAACGAGGCCAAAAAGCUCAAGAGAGAGCAGCUCGCAAAGUUGGCCGCCGAAGAGGCCGAGGAAUCUGCUCGUAAGAUGCAGCAGGCGGCGAAACUAUUCCUGGGCAGCAGCACGACUUCCAGUAUGACGCCCGAGAACGCGAAGAGUCCUGGACCGCAGCCUAAGCCGCGGACCAACUCCAGAUCUAAGCGAAAGAGAGAGGCUGAAGAUGAGACCAAUGGCGACGCCGCAGCAGCAGCAGCAGCAGCAGCAGCGGCACCGGCAGAAGGCGGUGAAGCAGUGCCAUCAUCGCGGCCGCAGCUAAAGCGCACCAAGACUGAGACACCCGUCCCACCGCCAGUGCCCGGUCUGAUUGCACAGGGCAGCUCGGUCUCCUCCGACAACUCUGCACAAGCUGUCACGACGUCUGGGUCUUCCGUCACUACUAGGUCAGCAACGUCUCCAGUGCCAGGCUCUACCAUUCCAGCCAAUGCGAGCAAUGGCACUGUCACCGUCUCUACUCCCGUGCCUAUCAAGGCUCCAUUCGAAACCCCUGUCCCUCUUCCCAAGACGGAGCCGAGGAUGUCUACCACACCUAUCCCUCCGCCGACGAUUAGAGAGCUGCCCGGGCGAGAGGCCACUAAGCGUGAAACGCGGGGAGAGGCGGCGAAGCGAUCACAGCAACAGCAACAGCAGCAGCAGCUAUCUGCGUCCACGUCACCUCAACUGCCACGAGGCCAAUCAGCGGCGCCUGAACCGUCAUCACGCAGUGGCACACCCAGGUUAACACCUGCUCCAGAGUCGCUCCCUUCUCGCCGACCCGGCUCGCGAGGUAAGGCCGCGAGCCAGGAGCCACAGCCGUCACUGGCCGUGGAUAGAUCUCGCCGUGCCAGUACGGCGCGCAACACACCGGUUCCCGAAGUUAAGCAGCCGGGAAAACGUACCAAACGCCCCGCCCCCGGUGUUGUCAGUACGACUAGCAGCGGCGGUAACAGCGCCGUUGGCAAGCGGAAAGCGGCACCCAAGAGGAAGGCUCGCGCAACUAAGAGAGACAAGGGUCAAGUGACGGAGGAGAUGGUGGAGGUAGACGAUGAGGGCAACCCCAUUGAUCCUGAUGAGCCACGGUAUUGCCUCUGCAAUAGGGUGAGCUUUGGGACCAUGAUUCAGUGUGAUAACGUCGAUAAUUGCAAGCAGGAAUGGUUCCAUCUCGAAUGUGUAGGCCUUUCGGAUAUCCCUGCGCGAACGACGAAGUGGUAUUGCCCCGAUUGUCGUAAGCUUCUCAAUAUUGGUGAGAAGGGAGAGAUUAGUGCGCGGGGAGUUAAGAAGUAG